UUUUGACUUGGACUGAUAAUGUGGUUAUAGUCAAUCCUUGACAAAUGAGUACUAAUAACAUUAACUUUAUUAAGUAUAUUAAGUUUUAUGUGUUUAAAGUAAUAUUAACUUCGUAUUAUGAUGAUAGUUAUAUAAAAAUAAAAUAAAAUGGGAAAUGCAUCGAGUUUAAAGAACCAUGUAGAAACAUCCAGAAAAACAGGAGUGCUAAAUUUAUCAGAUAGUAAUCUAAAACAUUAUCCAGAUACCAUUGAUGUACUUCACCCUUUCUUAAGAACUCUGGAUUUAUCUAAAAACAAAUUGAAAAUGUUGCCAAAGUCUGUUGGACAAUUCAAGGAAUUAAAAAUUAUUAAUGUUAGCAACAAUGCUUUAGAAAAUCUACCUGAAGAACUAAACUGCUUAUCAAAGAUCGACACGUUACAGGUUAAUUGUAAUUUACUGAAGUCAAUACCACCACUAAACAAUUUAUUAUUUCUAAAACGUGCUUCAUUUGAAGAUAAUCAACUCAAUGUAUUUCCAAAUUUUUUAUGUGAAUUAAAACAUUUGGAAGAGUUGAAUUUAUCCAAGAAUAAUAUUACUCAAAUACCCGAAUUGAUUAAACACUCUAGAUUAGUUGAACUUAAUCUUAAUCAAAAUCAAAUAAGAAAAUUACCAGCUGAAUUAGCUGAAUGUUCCAGAUUAAAGACUCUGCGUGUCGAAGAAAAUUGCUUAGAAUUAAAUGGCAUUCCAAAAGAAUUAUUAACAGUAUCUAAAGUGUCAUUGUUAUGUGUCGAAGGGAAUUUAUUUGAUAUGAAAUCUUUAUUAGCAUUAGAAGAAUAUAAUAUAUACAUGACUAGAUUUACGGAUGUGAAAAAAAAAAUGUUCUAGGUGUACCUAUUGUUUAUUUUCUAAAAUCAUAUAAAUAAUAUAUUUUAACCAGGUAUGGCACUAUUUAUAUAUUCUAUUAUUUUUUAAAUCUAUUUUUAGUUAUUGUAUAUCAAUGCACAUUAAUGUAUGAAAUUAAUUACUUUUUAUUUUAAAACUGAAAGUAAAUAAUUAUGUAUAAAAGUUACUUUGUCAACAAUGAUUCUAAUAUUUGUGAAUUGUAAAUUAUUUUGAAUUUUACCUAUUAAUUUGAUCUUAAAUCAAAUUAAAUAAUGUACAUAUGCAUAACUUUUUAUACAUCUUCCCUGUCAUUUACAUUUCACUUACCCAUCUUCUU